AUGCGCCAGAAGGCGCAUGGUACCAGCGAGAAGCCUGUCAUGAAGAACCUCCGCUGGGGCUGUGACUACGAGACAGCAGACAGGAUCUGCAACUUCAACAGGCAUUACGCUGAGUUCGCAGGAUACUGGACAACGACCAAGUUUCUUCAAGAGGUCGACAAGGAGAAGGAAACCACCUACUAUGACUCGGUGACUGGGAAACCCCUGUUCAUUGCCCCCCGUGGACGUACCUUUGAGGAGUUCAAGGCGGAGAGCAUUUCUCAUGGAUGGCCCUCUUUCCGAGACGAAGAAGUUGUGUGGGAGAAUGUCCGCUGUUUGAACAAUGGAGAAGCUGUCUCGGUAGAUGGAACCCACCUUGGCCACAAUCUCCCUGACAGGAAGGGCAAUCGCUACUGCAUCAACCUCGUUAGCGUGGCUGGAAACCCUAAUCCUGAGCACUAA